UCUCACGCAAAGGCUUUCGCACACUCGACAACAACAUCGCACAAUUUCUAGUAAACGCGAGCAAUUACGUAUGGUUUUUGGCUGUUCGGUUCGGUUUCUUUAGUUCGCACGUCGGUCAGUCCUUUGCGAUAAACGCAAAUAGUUUCGUUUAAAACUGUUAAUGCGGUGGUCCAAACAAGUGAUUCGUCGAGCGCGUCCAAUAGAAGUAGCAGAAACGACACAUAAAUAUGGCAACUAAGCGGAAACCAAUUCACACCCCAUCGAACGCAGCAAAUGCUAGCCGACCACAGAUGAAUUUCCGGCAAGGUUUGAACGACACGACGGCUCGCAGCGAAGCAAAGGGAACCCGGCCAACUGCAACGCCUACUUCGAUCAAAGAAGUGCUCACCAUGAUGGUGUUACACGUCUGCAAAAAGAUUAUCUUCUUCGACACUGGCCUGAAGGUGGCUUUGUACUUGGGCUCUUUGUUCAUCGUCUCACUCAUCGGCGACUUUUUGCCCUACCCGAAGACCUACCUGGCGAGGACAGACAAUCUCUUCAAUGUGUACUUUGUGAAAAUGGGCUGGGCCUGGACGUUGUUGUUCUCGUUUCCCUACCUGGCCAUGACAUCGGUGACGCUUUGUUGCGGUGACAACCAGCGGCUGCUGAGGAACCAUCUACCACGGCUAGGAAUAGCGAGCGUAGUGUGGUUCGUGUGGACUAAGCUGUUCAACGUCAUUGAGUCGAGCUAUGGACGGUGCAGUAUCCGGGGUUUUGAUUCGAAGACGGCUUGCCUAAAGGCCGGCCAUUUUUGGAACGGUUUCGACAUAUCUGGACAUGCCUUUAUCCUGAUCUACUCCAGUUUGGUGCUGAUGGAGGAGGCGCGACCCAUCAUUGGGUGGGAGAGCAUCAAAGAUUUGUUGCGCAAUGAGGAGCACAACCGCAGCAGUAAUGACACAUCUCAAUCGGCCAACCCACUCAAGGGGCUUAAGGACGAAGAUUUGAAGGCACUCAAAUACUUUUAUAAUCGAUUCACACCCACCAUUCGGUUACUGUUCGUGGGUAUGACGAUGCUGCAACUUCUCUGGGACGUUAUGCUCGUGGGAACGAUGCUCUAUCACCAUCGAAUGGUGGAGAAAGUGCUGAGUGGCAUCAUUGCAGUAGUUUCGUGGUUCGUCACAUACCGCGCCUGGUAUCCAGUGCCAACCGUGCUGCCCGAUCCGGUGGGCAAAGGAAUGUUCAACUAUCAGACCAACGUGAAACCGGAGCUCGUUGGGCUUAGACGAAGGGCCAGUUUUUUGCAGCCCGGAUCCUCUUCAACAUCGGCAUCGGGUGCCGGUGGUACUAGUAGCAACAGCAAGGAUAUUCCCAAGUUCAUGGGUAUGCCACUCUAUGGCGCCCGGCAUCCGUACAGCACCUCGAACGUUGGUGGUGCAACGUCGCCCCUCGAACCGUCCCUCGGUAGUCAAGCAUCGUUUGGAAGCAACAGCCAACAGCAUCUGUUCGGGUCACGGGGCAAUGGAAAGCGUUGCAAAAUUAUGGACAGCAGAAAUCCCUCCGGUUGAGCCAGCUGAACAUGGAGAGCACUACGAUCAAAGCAUCCGUUGCAUAUUCUCGACCAAAGAAUCGUCAUGCCAGCACCGUGACAAAAGAUAAAUACCGCUCACUUCGAUGUUUUAAAGUAAAAUCGAAUUUACUAAUUUCCAAACGCUUUUCGUGCGAAUGUGAAUAAAAACAAACGAAUGCCAGCAAGUGUUAUGAGAUGUUUUCGUUUUAUUGCACGCACAAAACUCUACACGACCACAAAAAGCACUUAUUAACUAUAUUUUGCUUUUGCACCGGGCUUUUCUACAAAAAAAAACUAAAGGAAACUUAAGAAAUGAUUAAUUUUACAUGUAACAAUAUGCAUUCAUCGCUGCAACUCUCUUAACAACGGUAACACUACGUACACAUCACCACCUUGUCGUUCUAGGUUUUGUUACACCGCGCGUGCGGUCUGGUCUGUCCAGGGGUGAAUCGUGUUAAUUGUAUCAUCUCUCUAUUUCGACAUGUGAUAACUCCUCGUUCGUUUUCCAACUGAACUAACUCCUACCGGUCGGUCGCAUAUCGAACGGCGUAACCAAACCGAUUGCAGCGUAGCCGAUUCGAACGUAAGACGUUUUAAGUUUUGUGGUUUAAUUUGUAUCAUUUAUUUACAGCAGGCCAAACGUAGAACAACGUAGUUCCUCAUUUCAGCAGAUUUGGAUCGCCUAUUAGAUGUUACAAAACUACUUAUAGUUUCCUCAGUGUGUAUCAAGUGACUUAUAUUUGAAAAAAAAACAUAUUUACACCAUUUAAAACGGCGCACUAGCGCUUCACAUUCACGUCUCUUCUCAGUAGCUUCUCGUAAUUGAAGCUAACCCGUUUACAUGCGAUUUCUCCUCUCAGUUUUUACAACUCUUUGUCACGAUGGGGUUGCUAUUCUCUAUCUCGCUGUCGGGAACAAUAGGAUGAUUUUGGCAUAUGAAAAAUUUCCUAUCUUUACACCUUCACCAACGCUCACGUGAUCAUCACUUCUUUUAUUCAAAAUCAAUGCAAUUGAAUUCGAAUUGUUUGAAUGUUACGUAAUAAUAUUUAAAUAAAUCUUAA